AUGGGAAACUGCUCCUCACUCACUGAAUUCUUUCUCUUAGGAAUAACCAAUAACCCUGAAAUGAAAAUGCCCCUGUUUGCCACAUUUUUAGUUGUGUAUCUCAUUAAUGUCCUGGCGAAUCUCAGUAUGAUCUCGCUCAUCAGAGUGGACUCCCAGCUUCACACACCCAUGUACUUCUUCCUCAGCCACCUCUCCUUCUCCGACCUCUGCUAUUCCAGUGCAGUUGGGCCCAAGAUGCUGGUGGACCUACUCACCAAAAGCAAAUCAAUUCCCUUUGCUGGCUGUGCCCUGCAGUUCUUCAUCUUCUGCAUGUUCAUAGAUGUUGAGUGCCUGCUGCUGGCCGUGAUGGCCUGUGAUCGGUACAAGGCCAUCAGCAACCCCCUGCUCUAUGCAGUGGACAUGUCCAGCAGGCUGUGCUCUGUACUUGUGGCCAGUAUCUACCUGUUGGCAGUAGUAGAUUCUUUGAUACAUACAUCAUUAGCAUUCCGCCUGUGUUUCUGUGGGUCUAAUGAGAUUAAUCAUUUCUUCUGUGAUGUCCCUCCUCUCCUCUUAAUAUCUUGUUCAGACACACAGGUUAAUGAAUUAGUGAUAUUCAACAUUUUUGGUUUUAUAGAACUGAGCACCAUCUCCGGACUCCUGAUCUCCUAUUGCUAUAUCAUCUUGUCAAUCAUAAAGAUCCGCUCUGCUGAGGGGAGGCUCAAAGCUUUCUCCACCUGCGCCUCUCACCUCACUGCAGUUUCCAUUUUCCAGGGAACCAUGCUCUUCAUGUACUUCCGGCCCAGUUAUUCCUACUCCCUGGAUCAGGACAAAAUGACCUCACUGUUUUACACCCUAGUGAUUCCCAUGCUAAACCCCCUGGUUUAUAGUCUACGGAACAAGGAUGUGAAAGAAGCCACAAAAAAGUUGAAAAAUAAAAUUUUGUCUUAG